AUGCCCCCCACGCCUGGACUUGGAGCCCCUGGUACUCGGUACCCCCGGCACCCAGAGCCCCCGGUGCCCGACCCAUCCCGGCACCCAGAGCCCCCGGUGCCCGACGCCCCCCGAACGCGGUGCCCCCCGUGCCCGGUGCCCGCACCCCGGUGCCCCCGGUGCCGGUACCUGCGGGCGGCGGGCGGCAGCAGGGCCGGGCUCCAGGCGGCCGCGGGCAGCGGCAGCAGCAGGCAGAGGCACAGGCAGAGCCCCAGCGAUUCCCCGUCCCCCCCCCGCAGUGCGUGUCCCCCCAUCCCGGUGCAGACGCCCCGGUUCCCCCCGCGCGUGUCCCCGCUCCCCGUUCGCGCGUUCCCGGCGCGCGCGCUGCCGGUGCGGCGGGUGCCCGCGGCCGUGCGCGCCGCCGGUGCCGGUGUCGGUGUGUGCCUGGCGCUGCCGGAGCGCUGCCACCGCCCGGCCCCGCGCCCGCCGCCGCCGCCGCCGCCGCUCCCGGUGUGGCCGCGGACCCCGGUGCGGCCGCGGCCGCCGGAGGUGACACCCCCCUCCUUCACCGGGCGGCGGGAGCAGCCGUGGAGCCGCCGAGGACGUGGGCCGAGCGGCAGGACACGAGGAGGAAGAGGAGGAGUGGGUGUCUCGUCUCGGGGACAGCACCGUGGCCGCGUGUCCCCACCGCCGCCCGCAGCCGCCGCCAUCCUCGAGCCGACGCGGUCCGUGAGGUCCCGGUGA